AUGGAGUCUGCGAAUUAUUUGAGGCUGCCACUCUCUGAAAAUUCAAAGCAGAAUGAAGAGAGAGAACACAAGGUUGCAACCAUGACCAGAAAAGGAGUCUACACUGCUUUAUCUUAUAUGGCCUCUUCGGUUCUCUUGGUCAUGUUCAAUAAAGCAGCUCUCUCCUCUUACAAUUUCCCAUUUGCAAAUGUCAUCACACUUACUCAGAUGGUGUGUGCAUUUAUUAUUCUCUUUGUGCUGAAAUUCUUGAAGAUAAUUUCUUUCACGACUGGUGAAUCGAAGAGCAGUUCUAACAAUCCAGUAAUAUUUGUGUCCUAUAGGACAUUAGCUCAAACACUUCCUCUUGCUUUAACAUAUUUACUAUAUAUGGUAGUGACCAUGGAGGCAGUUCGUGGCAUAAAUAUUCCCAUGUACACUACCCUUAGGCGAACAACUGUGGCCUUCGCAAUGAUCAUGGAAUAUUUCCUGUCAGGGAAGAAACAUUCAAGUUUUGUUAUUGGAAGUGUUGGGGUAGUGAUAGCUGGCGCUCUGGUUGCUGGAGCUCGGGAUUUUUCAUUUGAUUCGUAUGGCUAUUCAGUUGUAUUCGUAGAAAACAUGUGUAAGGCGGUGUACCUCGCUUCUGUUUCUCGUAUCGGUAAAUCCACCGGCCUUAAUGUUUUUGGUCUUGUAUGGUGCAACGUGGUGAUUUGUGGACCAAUCUUGUUUCUCUGGUCGUUACUCAGAGGAGACCUCCGAACAACCCUGAAUUUCCCAUAUUUGUUCUACACUGGAUUUCAGGUGGUGAUGUUUCUUUCCUGUGUUUUGACCUUCUUUAUGAACUACAUUGUUGUUUUAAAUACAACGGUCAACUCCGCACUUACACAGGCAAUCUGUGGUAAUUUAAAGGACGUUUUUACUAGUGGUUUCGGUUGGUUAUUAUUUGGUGGACUUCCAUAUGAUUUGUUCAAUGUUCUUGGACAAUCACUUGGCUUCCUUGGGUCCUGUUUGUAUGCCUAUUGUAAACUCCAAGGAAUAUGA